AUGCUUCAACUGCUCUCAAAUCGCUCCAUACUUCUCCUUUCAGUCACGGUAACUCACAAGUCUAAUGUGCUUUCUCAGUCUGAUGGUUUGUUCAGAGAAACCUGUCGCCGUGUUUACGACGCCAAUGCUGCCGAAUACAGUGCUGUGGAGUACAAGGAACAAAUCGUGGACUCGAUGGUGUACCGUAUGUUCAGAGAACCCGAGGUUUUCGAUGUGGUGGUGGCUCCAAAUUUGUACGGUGAUAUCUUGAGUGACGGAGCUGCUGCUCUUGUAGGAUCUUUGGGAGUUGUACCUUCAGCUAACGUUGGAGACAACUUUGCUAUUGGUGAACCUUGUCAUGGUUCUGCUCCAGAUAUUGAAGGAAAAGGUAUCUCCAACCCAGUGGCUACCAUCAGAUCCACAGCGUUGAUGUUGGAGUUCAUGGGCUACGCUGAGCCUGCUGCUUGCAUCUACGAGGCUGUGGAUGCCAAUUUGGCCGAAAACAAAAUCAAGACUCCAGACUUGGGAGGCUCGUCUUCCACUCAAGAGGUGAUCGAUGAUAUCAUCAGAAGGUUGUAA